GUGCCACAGGUUGUACAGACAGUAGAACUGAGCUGUACGUCAAACCAAAGUAAGAAGUACUACUGCGCAAAGAUUCAGUGACGUACGUCGAAUUUCGGGGCGGGAAAUCGAUGUAGAGAAUCGCUCCGUAAGUGAGAGACAGGACGAAAUAACAUCGCAACGAUUUCGUGGGGGGCGGUGCCAUACAUAACACGUGUUUAAACUGACACGUCCUUCAUCGUUGCAGAAACCACAACGAACUCAUUGUAAAAUCACCCUUGUUUAGGUACUCUUUUUUCUCGUUUCAAAGGGAGAAACAGAAGCUCAGUUUUGUUAAGAUGACGUCCACGUUGUUGGCUGCGCUGCGGGCGCAGAACAGCGCUGGAGCCCUUGCAGCUGCAAAAAACUUCUCCCCCCUCACUGAGGCCGUUUUUACGGGAGAUGUCGAGCGUGUUCAGAAAGUGUACAAGGAUGAGAAGAUAAAGGUAAGCGUGAUAUCGAAAGGACUUUUUUGAAGUGUUUUGAUUCGUUGUUGCUGAAAAUAAGUAUAUGAUUUACGUGCUCCGAUGGCAAUGGCAAAGCGCAGGAAUUGAAAAAUUGAAACAAUCCCGAAAAUCCAGGUUGACCAGAAGGAUGCUGACGGUUGCUCACCCCUGAUGCACGCGGCAGAGCAAGGCUACCUCGACAUAUGUGAAUACCUCGUUUCGCAAGGCGCACGAAUAAACGGAAAGGACGACAUAGGAGAAAACGCACUCAUGAAAGCAGCAAAGGUACCGAUAGCACGAUGAAUGUGAUCCCUGAGGUUUGCAAAGAAUACUUAUUCGCGAGUGACGAUGAAUAGCAGCACCAGGAGGCUCCUUAAUCUCCUCGAACUGCAAGCGAAAUCACGGGAAAAAAACCAAAACAGGAAGGGAACAUUGACAUCAUGCAGUUUUUGAUAACUGCAGCACUUGCCAGUUUGCCAAAAAAGCUGGGAAGCUCCGGAGAGGUGGGACAAAGGGAAAGAUCGCGAGUGGUCGAUGCCAAGGACGACGAGGGAAUCACCGCAUUAAUGAAAGGUAGAGAAUGAAAGUAAAACAAGUAGCGCUGUUUCUCAUGCAAAUCAAUUUGAAGCAAAAGCAAUUCACUUCCUAUGUUUCUCCUAUUCGAUUCUCAAAUAAAACACAUUGUUGUGCGCGAUCGGGAUUCAAAAACUUAUCAGCAUCCGAAUGCGGGGAGUACGACACUGUGCGAUUUCUCUUGGAGCAGGGGGCCAGCGUAGAAGCAAAAGACGAUGAACAGUGGAACGUCGUCAUGUGGGCCGCGGUCGCUGGCCAAUAUGAAAUCUGCGAGCUUUUGGUAUAGUUUUGUUACCAGGCCUCGUUUAUUUUUUUACUGCGUUGUAUUGUAGUUAGCUGAAGAAGAUUUCGAAUCAGCAUUUGUUCGUGCUUUUGCAAGCUGCAUCAAAAUCGUACAUAAGUAAAAAACUAAAUUUCGGCUCAACAGAUCAAGCAGUACUCCGUCCCAGGGAACUAUGUUACAGAGGGUGGUGAAAGUGCACUGUCAAAAGCGGCUGCCAACGGUCACACGGAGGUGUGCGAAUUGCUCUUGGCGGAAGGCGCAAAAGUCAAUCAGACCGACUCAAAGUAACGGCUUUCUUUUCUUUUUCUUUGCUUCUUCAUCUUGGUUUUAAAUGUAUAAUGAAGACGAAAUAAAGCUUACUCUGCCUGGCAUGCUGAUUCAUCCUGAGGGACAGGAAAAAUAAUUAUGCGAUGAUGUAUCACCGAAUCUGAAUGUGAUUGUGAGCUCAACUCUAUCAGUUACCAAACCGCGCUGAUGUGGGCCGCAUCGGAGGGACACAGGGAAACCGUGGAGGCUCUCAUCAAGAACGACGCGAAGGUAGACCCGGCGACCAGGACGGGGAAGACUGCCCUGCACCUUGCCUGCCGAACAGGGAGAACAGACGUACUGUCACUGUGUUUUUAGUCUCUUGUCUUCAAUUUUUCCAUGCAUAAGCAGUACCAUAAUAGAUGAAACAAAGCCACAAAGUCAGCGGCUCUACUGCGCUCUCUACCAUGCAGCGAGCCAUAAACUGCACUCACAGGUCGUCGAAUACCUGCUUACAAAGAUGGACAAGAUCGACCAAGUGGACGAGGACGGUCGAACCUGCCUCUUCGACGCCGUGUCACUUUCGGACGAAACGCUCUGCUCCAUGCUCCUGGAUAAGGGACUGGAUAUCAAGUACUGCUUUUUUUUGAGAAUUUCUGGUAUCAUCAAGUUUUUUCGUGUCUGCACUACGACAAUUUAAUUUUUGCAAAUCGAUGCGUUUGUGUAAGUGUAUGUGUAGUGUAUGCUGUGCCUACUCCCUCGGAAACGGAAGAAGUAUUGGUACAAGCACGCAGUACCAUCAGCCCCAACAAAAACUACAGCAAAACGAACAAGCGUGGUGAGACGUGCUUGAUCGCUGCAGCGACGGAGUGCCCCGCGUUUUUCAUCAAGUUUUUGAUGGAACGCAAAGCCAAUUUGAACAAGCAGGACGAGAGUUCCAGGACCGCGCUGGAUCAUGCAGAAGGUGCCUUGAACUCCGCUGUGGUCACACUGCUGCGUGAAUCUGGUGCGUCCCGCGCGGCAACCGUCAUCUUUCGGGACGACGUGGAUGAUGAUUGAGCGGUUGCGGUCGGAUGACUACAAGAGCAACGUCAAAUUGUAUUUUUUCUGCAAGGCGGAGCACACACUAUCUCUUACUCUUGCGCUUGAAAUGCAUAGCUUUCUAGCUUGCCUUUCCGAGCACAGUGCUCUUUGCCUGGUAAUUGCAGUUAAACGAAUCCAAGAUUUAUUUUCGAUAUCACACAGCAGCUGCUUGCAUGCAGCUCCAGACAAGAUUGUGAUACACUCUUUGCUAGCAUCAAACCUUAUCAAAUAGACUUAUCAGACUACACCAGACCAGAAUCAAUCCAAGAUUACGAAAAGUUUUAUCAGACAGCAGACUUUGAGUUUCAAUCGGUUAAAGCUUUAGCAGACUUUGACUAGAGAGAAGGCUCGCGGUAUAUCCCAGUGAGCUCAGCAGGGAGUGGGUGUCCUCAAGAUUGUCACAACCUGAUUUCCUCUGAUCUUGAGGUCACCUAUUCCGAAUUCUACCCUCUUUUUCCUCGCCUUUGUUCCAAACUCUCCGCCCCAGGUUAGCACCCACAGACUCUAUGCAGGAGGAGCUCGUUACGAGUCAACUCACUUCCAGUACCUUACACCGAACUUUCAAUAUCCUUGUCAAAAAUUUUACGCAAUUGUGAUUACAACAAUCUCAAGGUAAUUUUAUCCUUAUACCAACUAUCCUGAAACGCACUUGAAACAGAUUUGUUAUAUGCGAAGAACUGCUUGAUGUCGCUACGAAGAUCGUCUUCGUCGUUUUCAAACGAUUAUUGCCUAGCAAACAGAAACCAGCAGCUCAGGACAACAUUCCGAUCUUCCUUGUCGCGGUGGAGGAGGAGCGAGGAGCUGAUUCCGAUUAGCGGCGGUAUGCAGGCGGAGUGAAUGUCGUGUACAUUAUUUGAUUGAGCUACAAUGCAAAUGUCCUCAACUUUUUUCCGCUCGUGGUUUCAAUUUUCAUUUUCAGCAGUGCAAAAAAAAAAUAAGUACACACACGAUUGCACUUGCUACUCACUGGGUAGUCUUGGAAGUUCCACGUUUGUUCUUUUUCCCGGGAGUAUUCGAUUUUGUGUCGUUCUGCUUCGUCGUUU